AUGUUGCUAAAAAAUAAAAAAUUGGCAAAAUGUUUAAUUUAUUUUUUAUUUCUUUUAUUUUUUAAUUUUUUUCAAAAUUUUCUCAAAAUUAAUAUUUUUGUAUUUACAACAACUUUAAGAACAAAACAACAACAAAAUACUCAACAACAAAAAUUAUCAUUACUUCCCCAAUGUACAGACAAUUUUGUAAUAGCGUCAGAAAUGUCAAUGAAAAUACAAGAGGAGAAACAACAACAAAAUAAUUUAAAUAAUAAUGUGACUGUUCAUUUACAAUUGGCAACGGUUGCUUUAGGGGAUACUUUUUGUAUGAUGAUAACGGCAAAUAAAUCUCUGGAAGACUUACAAAAUUCAAAUGAAGACGAAAUCGAUGAUGGAAGAAUUAAUGAAAAAUCAGAUUCUUCAACUUCCGACAAACAAUUUUCAAUAUUACAUACUAUCGAAUAUAUCAGUUUAGAAUUACAUCACGCAAUUACUGGAAAAUACAAAUUUGGUGUUCCUGUUCUAUCCCCUCGUUGUAAAUGUGACUGUAUAGAUAUAACUCCCUAUAAGGAUUGGACAUUUCAAGCUAUUCGUUUAAAACAACCAAAUACAGUGGUUGUUCUCAGAUACAAAAUAUUUGAACGGAAAAUGCCUUCAAAAGGGGUUCAUUGGACUAACACUUUUGACGAAAUUUUACGAAUUCCAUUAAACAAAGGAACAACAAAAUUCGAAUUAAAUGCGGUUAGUCAAGAAUUACACAAUCAAAUAACAGGCAGUAAUAGUCAACACAAAAUUGAGAUUAAUGCGGGUAUUUUAAAAAAUUUUCUAAAAAAUUUCAAAGAAAAAAUUUUUCAAGUUGGUGGUCGUCCUCACAGACAAAUAGAGCCGGGAAUGUAUUUUUAUCAAAUUAUUAAUGACAGUCCUCCCCAACUUAGAGAAGGGGUGCCGCUAAAUGGACCAGGGGAAAAUAGCUUGGAAAAGUUUGGUUGGUUACGCUUGGAUGAGAAAAGUGGUGGAUGGAUUGUUAGAAAAGGGUUGGAGAAAAUAACACAGGCACAGCAUAUUCGAGUAGAUGACUGUAAAGCACAACGUUAUAGAACAACAUUUAACGUAGAACAAUUUGUAUUAAAAAAUGGGAGGAAUUUGGGGGAAGAAUCACAAAUUGAAGAAUUAAUUAAUUUUGAUUUGGGAACACUAGUAAAUGACGAAACUUGGGUAAAUUCAAUAAAAAUAGGAGAUAGAGAAGCAAUUAUGGAACAUGCCGAAGGGGCUGCUUUAACUAAUGCCAGAGGGACUUUAAUCGGCCAAAUAUUUUCAAGUGCAGAUUCCCUUUCUGUUAUGGAAAGUAUUUUCAGUAUCGAUAUUGGGAAAUUUACAAAGGAAAAAUUCCAAAGAGUUGUGGCAACCUCUGUGCAUUCCCCCAAACUAGUUUGUUUUUACCCUAUUGGUGAUACUGACAGUCGAAUAUGUCAAAGACUUGAAUUGAUUUAUGAACCUAUCAAGGAAAAACAUUUUGCUGAUCAAUGGCAAUUAGCACAAACCGAAUGUAUUGGAUGUAAUGAAAGGGGAGUCGACUCAUUCCUCGCAAGUUUAGACCCUCGACAAUGGUUAGACGGUUUAAAUACCCCAGCAGAAUUAUUUACUUGUACAUUAGAGCUAGUUUUGUGCUUGGCUUUUUUACUUUCGAGCAUUCUGUUUUUUACAAAAUGUGUUAUUCCUUUGUGUAGAUGUGUGCAUUUUGUUGCUAAACCGUCAAAAAAGAAAUAG